CAAAGUUUGAUUUGAUCCUAGUUUUCAAAAGAGAAAAAGUGGAAAUCCACGUGUAAAGCAGCCGAUUUCUCUCUCCUGCAACCAAGUGGAAACUGUGAGAGAGCGGACGGUCCAACGGCGAUCCAGAAAUAGUUUCUCUUUUGUCGUUAAAACUUAAAUGGAGAGAGAAAAAGGAAAACAGUAACUACUUGACUGACUCUACCAAGUUCAGCUCAAUCCAAAAGAGUUGUUCUGUUCAGUGAAUUUUGUCAGCAAAAGAAAAUCUCGGAAGAAAGAAGAAGAAACCACCAGGAAAUUAUUCUGUACCAUAACUUUGUACUUUCCAGCAUUCUGCAAAGAUUUGCACUUAUUUUGUUAUGUACUUUGUUAUGUACUUCGUUCUGUGACAAGAUGGUGUUGCUGCUACUUUUGUAGCGGAGACAGUCUUUCUUAUCAGAUUUGGGAUAGUAGAAAACUGUGCUUCUGUUGCCUGAGAGUAUUUCAUGGAACAAAGUUUAGGUCAAGACUCUGUUCCUGGUUUUGGAUCAUUUGAUAAGUCUAGGGUAUUGGAUGUAAGGCCUUUGAGGCGUCUUGUUCCGGUUUUCCCAUCAGCUUCUAGUAGUUCUUCAUUUUCAACUCCCCAAGGUGCUGCUCCUUUUGUUUGUGCUUCUCCGGCUGGUCCUUUCCCACCUGGGGUUUCCCCAUUUUUCCCGUUCUUCAUUUCGGCAGAGUCUCAAAGACCACUUGAACAAAAUCAACAAACACCAAGUGGUGUAGGCAACCAAAAUACACCUUUUGUCUUCAACAACCCAAUAUCAAAUGCAGUCCCAAUAAAUUCAUUUAGGACACCUCCAUCCUCAACCGCUAGGGGAACCCCAAACCAGUAUACGGGUACUUCUAAUGGAGAUACUACGCCAUCAAGAAGGAUUACUAGAAGUCGUGCUCAGCCACAAUCCCAAAGUGGGAUCGCAGAGGAAGAUGGUUUCAAUACGAGUGUUACUGACGGUGAAAAUACAAGGAAGGUGGGGAGGUCAAAGGGUAAGUUCCAGUCCCAGAAGAGGACAAGGGGUGGCCAGGACAUUAAUGUUGCGUUGCCUGAUGUUGAUGUUGAUGCAAUAGUUGAUAAUAUUCUCACAUCAUAUACCGAUACAUUCCGGCAAGCUGAUGGCAACAAGGAAUCAGUUGGAUAUGCACUCAUUUUCUAUGAUUUGCUAAGAAGAAGGAUUACGCAACUUGAAGAGAUGAAGGAAAAAAUACCAGGAGCGUCAAGAACGGGACGCCCCGAUCUGAGGGCAGGAACACUCUUCAUGAAUAAGGGAAUUAGGACAAAUACCAAGAGGAGGAUUGGUGCAGUGCCUGGUGUUGAAGUUGGGGAUAUUUUCUUUUUCCGAAUGGAGUUGUGUUUGGUUGGAUUGCAUGCUCCAACGAUGGGUGGAAUUGAUUACAUGGGAGUCAAGAACAGUACAGAAGACGAGCCUUUGGCCUUGAGCAUUGUUUCUUCAGGAGGAUAUGAAGAUUCUGUGGAGGAUGCAAAUGUGUUGAUAUACAGUGGCCAAGGUGGUAAUGCUAGCAAUGAUAACCGGAACAACAGGGAAAUGAAGGAUCAGAAGCUUGAAAGGGGUAACCUCGCUUUGGAGAAAAGUUUGCAUCGAGCUAAUGAUGUACGAGUAAUUCGAGGUUUAAAGGAUGUAUCUAAUCCAACUGGGAAGGUAUAUGUCUAUGAUGGUCUAUAUAAAAUCCAUGAAUCAUGGGUGGACAAAGGGAAGAGUGGUUGCAGUGUAUUUAAGUAUAAAUUGGUAAGGUUACCUGGCCAGCCUGAAGCGUUUACAAUAUGGAAAUCAAUUGAACAAUGGAAAGUAGAAACUACUACUACAAGGGUUGGACUUAUAUUGCCCGAUCUUACUUCAGGAGCAGAAAAUUUACCCGUUACUCUGGUAAAUGAUGUUGAUGGCGAGAAAGGCCCUGCACACUUCACAUAUAUUUCUAGUCUCCAGUAUUCAAAACCGGUGAAUCUUACAGAAUCUUCUGCUGGAUGUACUUGUAUUGGAGGAUGUCUCCCUGGUAAUUCCAACUGCUCUUGCAUUAAGAAAAACGGAGGUUUUCUCCCAUAUACUGCAAAUGGGCUUCUUGUUAACCAAACACCCCUAUUACAUGAAUGUGGUCUUUCCUGUCAGUGCCCCCCUAAUUGUCGGAAUCGAGUGUCUCAAGGUGGCCUGAAAAUUCGUUUGGAGGUGUUUAAAACUAAGGAAAAAGGUUGGGGUUUGCGGUCCUGGGAUCCCAUCCGUGCUGGUUCUUUCUUAUGUGAAUAUGCAGGACAAGUUCUUAAUAUAUCUGGGGUAGAAGAAUUGGGGGGUGAUUAUGAAGAUGAUUAUAUUUUUGAUGCUACUCGUACAUGUGAGCCACUGGGAGUUCUGCCUGGUGAUUCAACUGAGACUCCAAAGGUCCCAUUUCCUCUAAUUAUAAGUGCAAAUACUGCUGGAAAUGUUGCUCGUUUUAUGAAUCACAGCUGCUCUCCGAAUGUAUUUUGGCAGCCAGUUUUACGUGAAAAUAAAAAUGAGUCUGACCUCCAUAUUGCGUUUUAUGCGGUUGGACACAUUCCUCCGAUGACAGAGUUGACAUAUGAUUAUGGAUUGAUCCCUCAUGAGAGGAAGAAAGUGUGUCUUUGUGGGUCAGUAAAGUGCAGAGGCUCUUUUUAUUAAUGGGUUGGUAAUGGUUUUAUCAGAUGAAGAUGGACCUUAUGCAUCUAGAAAAAGGUGGUGUGCUUUUUUUUUUUUUUACAGCAAGAAAGGGAUCAUGCAGACUGUUCCUGUGCUGUAUUCAUUACCUUGGAAGGCAUCUGGUUUCACAGGUAUUCAGGAACACCAUAUUUUCCCAUUUAUGACUUUAGCUAAUGGGCAUGUGCAGGAUCCUUUCACUGUCAAUGUACUAAUUAUUGUAUCAAGUUGUAAUAUGAAUUUUACUAGGAGACCUCCGGCGGCGGUGGGUUUAGUUUAAUUUCUUCUAUGCACUUUCCUUGUAUAAUUAGGUUUCUAUUUUUGGUAAAUACACGCUGCGGCUUUGAAGAUUUGGUAGGCCUUUUGCUGGGUGGGUAUUUUGGCACAAACUAUGUUAGGUCUGUCAGAUAACAUGUUUUUAACGUGACUUUUGCUCAACUUUGAGUCAAAAUUCAAA